GGCGGGGGUCGUCCUUGGGCCGCCCGUCCCCGGAGCCCCUACCCGCCACCGCCGACCCCUGGAAGUGCUAUUUCCACUCUCGCUCUUCGACCCCGCGUCCCUGGACCUCUGCUCCCCACCCCUGUUCCCAAAGCUCCCGCCCCGGCUGGCCGAGCCCCGGCGCCCGUUCCGCGCCCCGCGGUCUGUGUGCCACUGCUCGAGAGGCGGCACGAGCGCCCCGCCCCCUCCGCGGAGCCUGCUCAACCCCGACCUCGGUUCAGGGGCCGGGGGCUGGGGGAGGGUGGGCCGUGGGAAGUGGACCGGGCUCGUCUCAGUUCCUAGCAAGUCCCUUCUGCCCCUUUAGUCUCCUGAACCCUGUUUCCCCAUGUUUUUGAAAAGGCAUAGUUUUCUGCAAGUUAUUUUGAGGAAUAAAUGAAAUAGUGUGUAUGAAGUGACUUUCAAGUUGUAAAGUAUUCAGCUGUAUCUUCGCAACACGUUUAAAACAUAUCCGGACUCCUUUUUUGCCCUGUCUAAAUGUUUGGUAAUUCGUUACUGUUUGUCAAAAUUCGGCCCCACGAGACAUCUAGGACGUGCCUGGCCCUACUGGGUGUUGCGGUGGCCACACUGCUGCCCCCUUGGAAAGUUGCAAGCUGGCGUUCAAGAGGGGAGACUCUCUGGUGUGGGGGCCUGAGGAUUGGAAAGAGGAGGGAUGAUGUGAUGUCUCACGUAUAUCGAUGGCAGGUGUCCUCAGUGCUGACACUGUUGCGUGUGUUGUUCCUGGCUGGGGAACAUCAGUGCCGUGUUCAUGUGCAAGCAUUGUCGUCCCCACAGGGCAUCAGGGGCUUUAUGUGCCAGCGUUGCUUUGUUGUACAGUCCAGCCCAACACCCACACAAGUUAAAUAUUCCACCCAGAGUCACCCAAGUGUCAGGUGAUGGAAACAGGACCUGGCCUUGACAUGCUGCCACCCCUCUGGCAGGGCUGUGUGCUGCUUCUGCCAUGCCGCCAUGGGUGUGGGACUUGGAGGGGGCACUCAGCAGAUGGCUACCAGUUAUUGUUACUUAGCGUGCUUCACUCACAUGUUGUCUUUUCAGGGCUGAAGAAGAUGCAGAGCUCCCUGAAGCUGGUGGACUGCAUCAUCGAGGUCCAUGAUGCCCGGAUCCCACUUUCAGGCCGAAACCCUCUGUUUCAGGACACCCUUGGGCUUAAGCCUCACUUGCUGGUCCUCAACAAAAUGGACUUGGCGGAUCUCACGGAGCAGCAGAAAAUUCUGCAACACUUAGAAGGAGAAGGCCUAAAAAAUGUCAUUUUCACCAACUGUGUAAAGGAUGAAAAUGUCAAGCAGGUCAUCCCAGUGGUCACGGAACUGAUUGGGAACAGCUGCCGCUACCACCGAGGAGAGAACCUGGAGUACUGCAUCAUGGUGAUCGGGGUCCCCAACGUGGGCAAGUCUUCCCUCAUCAACUCCCUCAGGAGGCAGCACCUCAGGAAAGGGAAAGCCGCCAGGGUGGGUGGCGAGCCUGGGAUCACCAGAGCUGUGAUGUCCAGAAUUCAGGUCUCUGAGCGGCCACUGAUAUUCCUGCUGGACACGCCUGGUGUGCUGGCUCCUCGGAUCGAAAGCGUGGAGACGGGCCUGAAGCUGGCCCUGUGUGGAACCGUGUUGGACCACCUGGUGGGGGAGGAAACCAUGGCCGACUACCUGCUCUACACCCUCAACAGGCACCGGCUCUUCGGGUAUGUGCAGCACUAUGGCCUGGGUGCCCCCUGUGACGACAUUGAGCGUGUGCUGAAGAGUGUGGCCGUGAAGCUGGGGAAGAUGCAGAAGGUGAAGGUGCUCACGGGCACAGGUGAUGUGAAUGUCAUUCGGCCGAACUACCCCGAGGCAGCGCGAGACUUCCUUCGGACCUUCCGCAGGGGGCAGCUGGGCCCCGUGAUGCUGGACCUGGAUGUUCUGCGGGGCCACCCCCUGGCCGAGACAGACCCCUGAACUGGGCAUGUGGCCUCCCAGACCUGCCUGGCCUGAGUGUUUGAGGCUUGCGACAGCCUACCCCUUUUCAGAAGCUCCACGCCAGCCACCAUGACUCAGGUCCCUGCUGCAGGAAGGGACGUGGUGCUCCUGGCCCCACCGCACCUGGCUGGCUCCUGGUUACAGGGGCAUCUGCCAGCAUCUGAGUGUCCCGAGUGCCUGGUCCAGCAGUGACGUUCCUGCUCAGUGUCUCUUGAGUUAAGCUGUACUCUGUCAUUUUUAAAGUUCUGCAUUAGAAGGCCUAUCUUCAUUGGCCAAUGAAUUGUACAGCCCUGCAGACUGGGCCCAUAUGUGUUGAAGCCCCUCUCACACUUGGAACAUGGGAAACAGGUGGGUUGGCAACCAGGGUUCGUGUCAGGUUCUCAGACUGGAGACCUGCCCCCCAACAACCAGGGAGCCUCGGUGCCAGCAGAGAGUUUAUUUCACACACCAGCGAAUGUGCUCACAGACAGGGACAAGGGGUUUUGAGUAGCAAAGCCCAAGGACUGGCCUCUCCCCUCAGCGCCCUGGGACCCAUUCCUUGGGGGCUUGCACAUGGCUUUGCUGCAUACGGGCUGGAGGGCGCCUGGUGUGGGCAGUGGAGACCCCGGGCCUCCGAGCACCUCCCAGCUGACGGGACAGUGGGUCUGUGUUUCCUCAGGGCUGGGGGGAGCUGCAGGGCCCUCCCAGCCAGGGCACCUGCACUUGAAGGAGUCUGAGGAACGUUCCGGCCUCCAACCUGCAUCCUCGGAAAGGGCCGGGGCAGGCUGGUGGGCUUGUGUCAGGGGCAGACUCUGGAAGUGCUACUGGGGCUGGGGCCGGCUGUUCGGAAGUUCCGGCCUCAUCUUUGUCCAGCGGCGGCCUGGCUGUGUCUCUGCUGGUGCUCAGUGUGCAGCCAGCCUUUGUCUUGCGUGGGUGUCCCGCCUCUUGUCUUGCAUAAGUAUCCCGUUGGGGCUGGCUGGUGUCUUCCGCUGGCCCCUCCAGAUGUGGCUGCCCCAUGCCCUGCACACUUGGUGCCUGAAAUGACCCCCAGCACCAUCUCUUCCUGCCAGAACCCUGCCUGGGCAGGACGUACAUGGAGCCAUGGCUGUGCCAAAUAAACUGUCACGGAAGAGGA